GUGUAGGACGAGGGGAAAUGGUUUUAAGUUGAGGGAGGGGAGAUUUAGGUUGGACAUCAGGGGGAAAUUCUUUACCCAGAGAGUGGUGAGGUGCUGGAACAGAGAGGCUGUGGAUGCCCCAUCCUUGGAGGUGUUCAAGGCCAGGUUGGAUGGGGCCCUGGGCAGCCUGGUUUAGCAUUAAAUGUGGAGGUACCCCAGGAUGCCAUUGGCCCUCUUGGCCACAAGGGCACACUGCUGGCUCAUGGCAACCUGUCGUCCACCAGGACACUCAGGUUUUGCUUCCAACUUCUUGCUGGCUUGGUCGGCAUUGUGCGAAUGGCUUUGCAUCCUUUCUUCUUCAUUAUCAGGUCCCAUUGGAAGAGCCAGAGGAGGAUGGCGUGCCGCUUCCCGGAGACGCAGAAAUGCUGUCCAGGCAUCCGUGCUCCAGCGCUUGAGAAGAUGUGGAGGAAGAUGGCGUACCAUAAACCAGAUAAGCACAGUCAAAAUCAUAACACCAUGACAGGAACCGUGUUUGAGAACAAGAGAAGAGCUGUAGGAGGAUGGGGAGAUGCUACUCCAUCACAUACAAAUCCUAGCCAGCUACCUGUGCUCCAGCACACGGGAGGAGCUGUAGGAGGAUGGGGAGAUUCUACACCGACAUAUACAAAGCUUAGCCAGCCACCUGUGAUGCUGCACAUGGGAAGAGCUGUAGAAGAAUGUGGUGCUGGUACCCCAAGGAAGAGAAAUCCUAUCCGCCCAGCCGUGUCCCUGUGUAAGGGAGGGGCUGUAGGGGGAUCUAAAGCUUCUAACCAGACAGACACAAAUUUUAGCCAGCCACCCAUGGUUCUGCACAAGGGUGGAGCAGUAGGAGGAUUGGGAGAUUCUACUCCGACAAACCUUAGCCAGCUGUCUGUGCUCCAGAACACGAAAGGAACUGGAGCCGGAUGGGGGGGCACUUCUCCGACAAAUAUUAACCUUAGCCAGCCAUCUGUGAUCCAGCACACGGAAGGAGCUGAAAAAGGAUUGAGUGAUGGCUACCCAGAUAGACACAAAUCCUAGCCAGCCCCAGCACAUGGGAGGUGAUGGAGGAGGACGUGUUGUUCGUGCCCAGAGAAACACAAACCUUCUCCAGCCAGCCGUGCUGCAGCGCAAAGGAGGAUCUGCAGGAGGACGGGGUGCUCCCGCAGCUGUUGUGCAGCCUCCUGUGCUCACAAAGAGCUCCUCAGGUGGCAGCUGCAAUGGAGGAGGACUCUCUGGUGCCUCCGGGGUUGGAGCAGCAGGCAAGAAAGGCGCAGCGUCCUUGCAGAAAGCGAGCUCUGCGUUAAGCAGUGCAAACCCGGCUGAUGAGCACAGAGAUGGACAGCAGAGACUUGCUGACUGGGUAGCAGAAGACAUGGCAACCUGGGAAUCUUCUGGACAGUGGAUGUUUUCGUGUUACUGUCCUGAGAAGGGCAAGCCUAAUGUUUCAGGCUUUCCAGAGAUCUCCCCUGAGGAGCUGCACCUGGGGUAUGACACCUGCAGUGCCAAGGAGGGCACAGGACUCUACAUACACGCUGUCCAUCAGUAUGUGCAACAAUGGAGAACCAGGCUGCAGGAGCUGAAGGCUUUAAAUGCCUGGAGAACAGCAUCGAUGCUACUUUGGAGAGAGAAAGCGGUCACUCCACCAUUACCUUCUCUUGGACUGGGAGGACAGCAAGCACCAAGCCCUGGGUUCCCAAGCUCUCCAGCCAACAGCAGCGGUGCUGCCCGCUUGUUUGCAAAUCCCAGCGUCUCAUCUGGAAGCGCUCCAGCUGUGGGGAGCUCUGCUGCUGCCUCCAGUCCUCCUGCCCUUGGGGUGACGUCCUCCCACAGCUGUCCCCAUUCCGUUGGGACUGGGGAUUCUGCAGCUCCAUCCGCAGCCUCACUUCACGCUCCUGGAACGGCCGCUGCGUGGACUUCUGGGCUUCCGGGCCCUGGGAGCCCUGCUGCAGCAAAUCCUUCCAGCACCGCUCCGCUUGCUGUCGCUGCUCCCAAGGCAGCUACAGAACCUUCUCACCCGGGCACAAGCAGUGCUUCGGCCGCACCGACUGCCGGUGCCUCUGCACACAGCGCCGCGUCCGCGCCUCUGCAUCCACACGGCAUCAGAGGGCAGCUCUGCACACCGAGGAGGGAACGAACGGCCGGAGAGCUGGAGCAGUUCAGAGCCAAGUUCACGCUAGGAAAGGUCCCGAGACCACCACCUGCAGAGCUUUUAUAUGAUAAGGAUUUAAGUUAAUUCUGAAGUUAUAUGUCUUAAUUCCAUAGGAUUGAAGUUAAUUCUGAAGUUAUAUGCCUUCAUUAAAUAUAAAUAAACGUAUUAUAUUAUUUAUUUACAUAUGCCUUAAUUAAAUAUAAAUAAUUAUAUUAUAUUAUAUUAUUUACAGAAUAUGUAAAUAAAAGUUAUUCUGUGACUCUUCCAAUAAAAAAUGUUGUGAUGGAGCAGUGAGCUGGAAUGCUUUUCUGUGUCUUAAGUUCUCAUUUAAUCUCUUUAGUCUUCUGUAAAUCAAUGAUGAUGCAGGUGUUAUAAUUAAGAAGCAUACAAGAGAGUUUGGCUAAGCAGGUCAUUACACCACAAAGAAGAGAUGAAGGGCUUACCCUUAUCCUGGGCUCACUGGAAAACUCCAAAGGAGGGAUCUCCAGAAAGAGAUCCUUCCCUGCUGGCAGUCAGCUCUUCAGUAGGAUACCUGGGACUAACAGGAUUACUGAAACAAUGCCUAAGUAAUGCUGCACUUCCAUGAACAGAGUGCAAUCUGCCUCUGCUGACUCAGAACAGAAGAACACUGUUCUACGUCAGUUCUCCCCCAUUUUUGAAAGAAAUAUUUUACCUUUAAAAGGCCUCAUACUCCAGUGCUGUACCUGUACUUGGCUCCAUGCUCAGCUUUCGGACACAGCUGACCACUCUUCUUUGCACUGCUCUCCCAGAUCAUACAGUCUGCAGUUUGGGUGCUAUGAGUUGUACCUACGGUGGGAUUCAGCCAUCAUUACACAUCUCUAAGCUGAAGGCUCUUUCUUGGCCUCUGUCACUGUUCAGUGUCUGAGAGAGCUUCCAGCUGGCAGUUUCACAUGUGCCUACACAAAGCUUUGAAAAUCACUGCGUUUAGCUGAGUGUCUGACUGAUGGAAUGAGAGAAUAUUAAAGUCCAGGCAAGCAUCAGACCCAAAGCACAAAAAGGCUCUUUCCAAACCAAGGAGCAUCUGGAAGUCAAAACAGCUGAUCUCUGAGUAAUGCUGUGAACUCUGGGUGCAGCAUUUCACAGAUAGGACAACAAAAUAACAAGACUUGCUACGAUUUCUCUUUGUUCUGUACACUUGUCAUCUUUGCCUGACUUUGAAAAAUUGAUGUGGUGAGAGGGAUAUUAUUAUUUGAAACUGAAAUCAAUCAGUGGUUAAUAAACCAUAUCUUUUAGACUGCAUCCUUUGGAUUUUGCAUACUACGGGAAGAAAAAACAAAACAGUUUCUGUGGGCAAAAGUCCACGCAAGAAGGACUUCUUACCAUUCGCUUCAGCUCUUCUGCAGCACGUGGUGAUUCUGUCCCUUUCACUGUGAAGAAUUUUGUUCCCUGCAACCAAAAUAAGAAUCAAUGGUUGCCAGCACCUAACAGAAAUUUAUUUGUUCUGUGGCACCGAUGGAUCACAACAAGGACAUGUAGUAAGAUUCUAUGCAGCAAUUAAGAUGAGCUCUGGGAAUGAAGUGUUUGGCAAUGCACUUCAGGCUGAUUACGAAACUGUAAGUAACAGAACCCAAAACUCCUGAGCAGGGAAUUGUACCCUGUUCUCUGCACUACCCCUCCUAGUUUAAAUGAGAGCCCUACCAGAAAAUUGACUCAAAGCUCCUGCAACAACUAAUGACUGCCACACAUUCUACCAAUUAACGGGGCUUGACACUAAAUUCAUCACAGAGAAAUUGUGCUGAAUAGGGGCUGUCACCACAAACUUGCAAUUACUAAAAUCAAUAAAAGAUUCCUAUCAGAAAGUUAUUAUUAACAUUUUACCACUCCACUUUUAAGUAACUCAUCACUCAUAAAGUGAAUGAACGCUGAACUGCUGCUGACAAAUGACGUGCUUUCAUAUUCUGCAUCUCAGUGAAAUGUCCUCAGCUUUGAUCACGGCUGUUGUUAAUCCUGAUGUUCAAGACUCUCCUUUGCCAGUCCUGGAAAGCAAUUCCUGGAAUCAUUGCCCCUCAGAGCCAAAUGAAGAAUAAUUCUACUUCUCGAUUUUUAAGAAAUCAGUACUGAGCUCGUUUUCCUAGACAUCUCUUCCAAAUUGGUAAAGACAACUUUGUAUUCUAAAGGUAACAGAAAAUGAAAAUAAACCCAGUUGGAACUGUCUGACUUCUAUUUAAUGCCUAUGACUUCCUCCUGGAUUGCCACUCUCUUGCCCAUCUCUCACUGUCUUCCUCUCCAAAAGCUCUGCAGCCAUUUGGAGCAUGAAAGAACACGGACUGAGAAUGCCUCAGUGAUGGUGAGGCAGCAAAACAGGUCACAGGACAGAGCCAGUGAGCGGAUGAGUGGUGCUGCACCCCAGCCUGCCAUCUAAUUAGCAGCUCAGACAAUGAAGAUUUUGGAGCUUUGUCUUCGUACAAGAAAAGCAGUUGGCUUCCUUUUAGAAAAAAAUAUUUCCGUCACAAUUUUUCUUUCCUUCCUGAAAUCCUUACAGAAAAAACAAACUCAAACCGUACAGAAAUAAGCUUCUCUGAUACCUGAUCUUCACUUUACUUACUGCCACUCAGUAGAGUGAGUACCAGAAGAGACCUCCUGACCAAUGACUGAUGUCCCAUCCUUCCUCUACUCGCCAUCCUUUCUUUCUUCUUUAUUCCAAACCGUCACAUUUACUCUGCCUAGCCAUGGAGGAUUUUGGACAACAGUCUGUUGGAACAACGUGCUUCAGAUAGGCAGUUUCAUUGUUUGCUUUGCUAUAGAGUGGACAAGUUAUUACAGUGAUUUAGAUCAACUCAAAAGAAAACACGCAUGGGGAAAAGCCUGAUCUCUGCAGACCAUGGGGCCUUUCUUUGUGUCUGUUAUUAUAAGAAGAUGAUGCUGAGGUCACUCGCUCUAGGGUUUGCUAUAGACAUGAACAAGGAGUAAAUUAAAAUUAAACACAGUCAAUAUUCAUGAUUUAAUUAGAAUCAAGUCCAAUUCAUAAUUCUAGGGAACACACUGGCAUUGCUUUCCUCUACCGUUACGAUGCUGCUCUCACAGAUAGGAAUCCAGAGCAAAUAGGAAGGAUUUGACAAGGACAGGGAUCAUCCUCCCUCUCUCUCAAAGUUCUCCAGAACAGCACGCAGAAAACUGUCCCUAUUUCCAUCUACAGCAAAUUCUUUUUACCCUGUUAGGAAGAUAGGAGCAAGGGAGAAAUGAUAACCAGGCAGGUGCUGCAACUAAAGCUCAGCCUGCCUUUUCAUUUCAUGCACAUUUGAUACCAGUUUUUGAUCCAGUGACACAGUUGCAACUAUCCAGGCAAAAUCAUCUCUCUGUCCUUGAGAAGUCCUUUAAACUACAGCUGUACUCCAGAGCCUUCUGCUGCACACAGUUUGCGUGGUAUCAUGAGUGGCUUCUGCAGUGGUCCAACACCACCAGCACACAACCAACCUGACACUGGUUGAGUAGAGCUUCAGACCAUUUCCAAGCCACUCUUCACUUCUGUUUGUACGCUUUCCUAACGCUGUUCCCCUCUGUUAAUAAAUGUCACAAUCAGGCUUGCAGUGCCUGAGCCAUUGCCCCUAGCAGGAAUGUGAAACACAAUCAGCUCCACAGCAAGAUCCAUGCAAGGCUAGAGUAUCUACAUAUCUGAAAACCUUUUGUUGAUGCUCUGCACUGACCUCUGACUGCCUGUAAGACCAUGCAGGUGAACUUCCAGCUAAAAUGCCAGUCUUAAAAGGAAUGACAUUUUGGGACCAACAGGAGCAACUGUUGCUGGAGAGGCAUGCUGUGACACAGCUGGACGCUGACAAAACCAGCCAUGAUGAGGAACGGAGGGGAUGGCUGGAAUACAGCAGGCACACUCACUGUGAUGAGAGAUGGCCCAGAUGAGGCUGGGAGAUGGACAUGGGGGACAGAUCACUCAGCACAGCCUGCUCUGUUGGCUCA